AUGUUAGUAACACCCCCCACGCCGUCAUCAUGGUCAAGCACUUCGGACCAUGCCAUGACUCCUACCGAAUCUGCUGCCAGCUCACCCGCCUUGAAACCAACAUCAGCCAUUCCAUGUGAUAUCCCGUGGGAAGAACGUAUCCGGAGGAGAACUUUGAGAAUGGCACAUGGGGAGUUGCGGCUUCAGGUCUUGUGCGGGUCUCCAAGGUCUUGCCUUAUCAAGGCGCUUCAGAUUUACGAUCCUGGACUACCUGUAACGCCAGAGAUUGUUGAUGGAUUGGAGAAGAUCUAUGGUCUCCAACAUAUAGACUGGCCCUCGGCAGCCGUAAGAGCAUCUCUGCUGACCGAAAAGGUUUGGAAUGGCUUAGAGUUCGCACUGUGCAAAAUAGGGUUUGUGAAUAACCUAUGUUAUAUCUCUCAAAGACCUAUAAUAACCGUUCACUCUAGCUAUCGAGUUUUCUCGAACUACGGCCAUAACGGACGCGGAUAUAUGAGAAUAUCGCCAGAAGAAGGACAAGAUCCUCCCCCACUUCCGGAAGGGCUACGGCUUCCAUACCUAGUUCCUGUGAAGGGUUAUUCCCUGCGUUACCAUCCAGAGAGCUGCAAGAACCCAAUCAUCGAAACUGGUGCCCCUCUGUGUGACGUGGACCUUCUCAACCCUGACAACGGAAAGGAGAUUGGUACUUUAGGCCCAAUCAUGUCGUCAUCUCGUCCUGGAAAGCCUGGGUUGAUUCAUGUCGCUCUGACAGCAGGCCAUGUGAUACCAGACGGCGUAGACUCUGUUAUGACUAGGAAUUUGGCUGACUCUGAUGGAGACGUUCAAAUCAAUCUGGAGGUUUCUCCAACCUCGAAACGGAUGAACGGCAAGCGAGUAGGCUACGAUGGAAAGAGCCCUGCGUUCACGGAUGACACAGCUUUUCUGAUCAUCAAACCUGAUGACCUACUAAGAUUCCAACAUUGCUAUUUUAACAUCAACCUACACUAUUUCCAAACCACGGUUGUCCCCGUAUCUCAUAUUCUUGAUCCUGUGGCACAGCAAAGAUGGACACCUCUUGCAAUGAAGAUUCACCUUAGUGCCAUUGUUGUCUUUAAAAAGGGCAGCCAAAGUGACUUAACCAUGGGCCACCUGGUGGGUGUUACGCGUGAACCACCUCGGGGAUGGUACCAAUCUCAGACUGAAUCAAUCGGAUUUCAGUCGCUUCGUCAUCCCACCUUAACUGGAAACUCCGAUGGAUCUGAUAGCGAAGGGCCGUAUGACCAAGAUAAUUCAGAGCCUUACGGAUGGUUUGGGGUGGUCAAGUGGUCAGACGUUAGAUUUGCUACAGCUGGUGAUUCUGGAAGUUUGGUGUUUGCUUUCGAGUCGGGCACCUUCGUUCCACUCGGAAUUCACAUCGGAUCACCAGAGUCGGCCCCUGGCCACAGUUAUUUUCUGUCCCUUGAAACAUUCUGCUACGAAGGAGAAAAGGAAGGUUAG